CUGUGGCGGCCUAGGAGUGAGAAGGCAGCAGAAUUAGAGGCUUUGAGGAGGCAGGAGUAGACUAAGAGAGCACGUGAGCAUCAGUCUUUUCUCCCAGCUUUUAUCCUCAGGAAUUCUUUGUGCGGGGACUACCCGGGGCCCAGUGUAUGGCCACGGAGUUACAGUAUUCUGACUCCAUGCCCUGUCACAACCAGCAAGUAAACUCUACUUCAACCCCAAGCGCAGAGCUGCUGCAUCCUGGCGACCAGACAACGGACCUUACGGGGGGAAAUGACCCCUCAUUUGCCAAGCUGACUUUAUUCACCGGGCACACCCAUUCUAGCUUACAGGCCGACCAGGACCUUCAGGCCUGCGGAGGCCUCAACUUCAAUUCAGAAAGCAAGGGUGGCAGUGGCAGCUAUGACGCACCAGCCAGCGACUCAGUACUGGCGAAUGGUGAACUCUGCCAGCAGAUCGGGGGGCAGCUUAAACUGCUGCCUAUGAAUGAUCAGAUCCGCGAGCUGCAGACCAUCAUCCGGGACAAGUCAGCUAGUAGAGGGGACUUCAUGUUUUCUGCGGAUCGUUUGAUUAGGCUUGUUGUGGAAGAAGGAUUGAAUCAACUGCCAUAUAAAGAAUGCAUAGUGACCACUCCAACAGGUUACAAAUAUGAAGGAGUGAAAUUUGAGAAGGGAAACUGUGGGGUCAGCAUAAUGAGAAGUGGUGAGGCAAUGGAACAGGGUUUACGAGACUGCUGUCGAUCUAUACGGAUCGGAAAGAUCCUGAUUCAGAGUGAUGAGGAGACACAAAGAGCCAAAGUAUAUUAUGCCAAAUUCCCCCCAGACAUUUACAGGAGAAAAGUCCUUCUGAUGUAUCCAAUUCUCAGCACUGGAAAUACUGUAAUAGAAGCUGUAAAGGUUCUUAUAGAACAUGGAGUUCAACCCAGUGUUAUCAUCCUACUCAGUUUGUUUUCCACUCCUCAUGGGGCCAAGUCAAUUAUUCAAGAGUUUCCAGAGAUCACAAUUUUAACUACUGAAGUUCAUCCUGUGGCACCUACACAUUUUGGACAGAAGUACUUUGGAACAGACUAAAUUGUUGAAGGAAAUUAUCUUGUGUGAUACUAGUCUUAUUUUGAGUUUCUACUUGUUUUACAAAGUACCUUGAGGAAUGGCAGAGAAAAUUGUGUUAAACAAAGGCUUUAAGUUUUGGAAUUGGCUGUAGUAAAAAAGGAAAUAUCUGAGAUUUAUUUAUUUUACUUGGUUAUUUCUUGACUGUGGACCCCAAGUUCAGCAAAAGUGUGCAUGCAACUCUUAAAAAAGAUUUCUGUAUGCUCAUAAAGUUCUAAUCCGUAGUACAUUAAAACGUUUCUCUACCUUAUCAGCCUCUCAAUUUGGAGUUUACUUUCAUCCACAAAAUGCAAGUUGAUUAUUUGUGAGUUGAUUAUUUGGUCCAUAACAGUCUAUAUUUUAUCUAGUUUGCUUUUAUUUCUAGGGAGGUUUCAUAGAUUUGACUUUUACUUUUAAGCUCUUUAUACUACAAAAUGACCACUUGGGAUAGGAUUGAAAAAUAAAAAUAAAAAUAAAAAAAGGAACAUCUCCUGAAACUUUAUAUUUGCAUUCAUAUCCUCACUCAGUUGGCAGAUGCAGGAUAUACAGUAAGCUCUUCAGUUAAUCUAUUGUGUUUUCAUUGAUUCAUUUCCCACAGUAUGCAUUGUUGCCAAGUGUAAUUAAUGCAGUGAAGGAAAUGGCGGUUCAUUUCCAGCAACUAAAACUAUAACAAAACGCAACAUUAAUGGUGGCUGGGCGGUAGCACAGCAGUUAAGUGCAAGUGGCGCAAAGCACGAGGACCGGCAUAAGGGACCUAGUUCUAGCCCCCGGCUCCUCACCUGCAGGGGAGUUGCUUAACAGGCGGUGAAGCAGGUUUGCAGGUAUCUAUUUUUCCCCUCUCUGUCUUCCCCUCCUCUCUCCAUUUCUCUCUAUCCUAUCUAACAGUGAUGACAUCAAUAACAACAAUAAUAACUACAACAAGACAACAAAAGGGGGGCUUAAAAAAGAGAAAAAAACCUUAACAUUAAUUUAACUUGUGAUGCCUGGAUGCUGACAAAGGGGGGCUAAAUAUUGCAGAUGUAACCAGUGUGCUAGAAAGGAAUAGAUGAUGGAAUUUUUUUUUAGGUAUGUAGCAAAGAAUGGUUACUUGCUGGAUUUUGUGGUGCAUAGGUAAAUUCAAAUGCUUCAUUCUUAAUUUGUAUGUUUCUGCUUCAGGCCUUUAAUUUGGAAAUUAUUUAUUUUUUCAUAUUUGCCAAUAAUAUAUGCAUUAAAACAGAAAGAAUCCUAGGAUCUAUGUGUUUAUAUAUAAACUUCUGAAAGGAGAAAUGUCUUAACAAUCAAUAUUUAUAUUCUAUAACUUAAUUCUAAAAUCCUGAUGUAAUUUUACAUUGAUAUUAAAACAUUUUAACAGUGA